AGCCCAAUUUCCUGCUGCACACGGUUGUUUUGAAUACAUCAUCAAUGGUGCUAAGAAGCUAACUCAGCCAGGCAUUCAAAAAGCUGUGUUCGUCUACUGAACUGAAAACAUAAUGAAACCCGCGGUGGACGAGAUGUUUCCUGAAGGAGCUGGACCGUACGUGGACCUAGAGGAGGCAGGGGGCAGCAGCGGUCUGCUGAUGGAUCUGGCAGCCAAUGAAAAAGCAGUGCACUCAGACUUCUUUAACGACUUUGAGGAUCUGUUCGACGACGAUGACCUUCAGUGAUGACAGCGUCUGAACACCUGUGCGUUUCUGUGAACGUGUACAUCAGAAAAUGGGCUUAUUAUAACUACAAGUUUUCUCUUAUCCUGUCAUGUCACUCACCACCAUGAUGAAAUAAAGUCUUUUUGUUUUUUAAAA